AUGUCGUUCCUCCCUAUGAGCGAUAUUGCUACCUGUACACAGGUUUGCCAAUCGUGGCUUGGUCCUGCUAUACUUCGUCUCUAUCGGGAACUCGAUUUUGGUUUUUUCGCGGGAAUGCUGGGCCUGCCUUUCAUGUACGAUGUGCCAGAUCCAACUGAACGCAGACUGGUCAUCCCCAAGGAGAUGAUCAUCCCGAAGUGGCGCUGGGACCUAUACAAGCCUCUCUUCGUACACACCAAAGCACUGUAUGACAACUCCGUUUAUGGUUAUCGGGGAAUGACGCCGGAAAGCAUAGAUGUCAUUGCUCGCAGCUGGUACUUUGGAGCCAUGUUCCCGAACCUCGAACAUCUUUAUCUUCUGUCGUCAUCGCUUAUCCCGGUCUUCAACUCUCCAUCCCUCAAAUCCGCCCAUAUCACGCCUGCUGCCGCUCGUGAUACCAAUAUCAGCUUCCUUGGCGCUCUUAGUGAAACAGCAAUGAACAGCCAUAGUCUUACGGAAAUCAUGAUCAUCCCAGGCGAGGUCGACGAGGGUCCUAUCGUCGACCACGAUGAAGUCCGAAUCGCAAGUAUGAACGCAUAUACCAUGUCCAGAACACUCAUCCGCGUCUCACUUCCCCUCUACUAUCUCACCCCGUGCCUUCUUCACAUACUCUCAACUCUUCCGUGCCUCGAAAUCAUCGACAUGGUCACCAAGACGAGCGCAUCCCCUACACUCGAAGAUGGCUGGACGGGCCCGAUGGAUGCCGUUGGAUCCUUCCGCACUUCUCAGGAUAACUCAUUCCCGAUGUUACGCGCUGGAUCCUUCCCUAUGCUCCAUACCAUCUGUAUCGCAUUCAAUGAUCCCAUGGCCGCGGUCGAACUCCUUCGCAAACCCCACUUCCCUGUCGACCGCAUUUCGCGUUACACUAUUCGUAUCAGCGGCCAAGCAUACACCAACAUGUCGGUCGGUAUUCGUCUCAUCAUCGAAACCCUUGCGCAGAGGAAGAGUCCGGUUACGGACCUCACCAUUAAUACCGCUGCAGCGAGUGGCACACCGGUCAGCGCCCUAUCCCACCACGACGUGAUCUCAUAUUAUGAUCUUGUCAAGUUACGCGAACUAUCACAUCUUCUCCGAUUUCAUCUGGUACACAAUAGCCCAGUCAACAUCACGAACCAUGGACUCACCCUACUCAUCAAAAACUGGAACAUCAAAUCGCUCAUUCUUAAUCCCAGCCCACUCAUCUAUACUCUAUCUUCUCUCACUCCGGAUGUACUCCUUGAAGUCGCAAGAAACUGCCCAACAAUACGCGAGUUAGGCUUGUUUCUGGAUACCUCCAUAGGCGACCUCACAUUACCCACAUUUGGCCCUGUCAUGUCCAGACUCGAACGCCUUCAUCUCGGAAACUCCUUCAUGACUGUUGGUGAUCACAGAAGAUCGAGACAGAUCGCAAGCUUCCUGUCGAACAUGACAAACCAACUUCCUUUCAUCCUUAUGCCCCGUGAGCAAGAGCCCCGACUGGACGCAACCUUUCACCGUAUUGUCAUUGUUGACCCGACAACGCUUGGUUUGGAAUAUGAUGGUGAGAAUCAGUUACCUUACUUAGAUGAAGAGUGGAGGUUCGUCUGCAACAACUUAGAGUCGGUCAGGGAACGGGAUUUGGCGUUGGUGGAGGUGGAAUGUCUCCGUUAUAAUAUCGAGGUAUUACAUAUGACGUGUAGGAGGCUUGAGAGUCAGUUGGUUGUUGCUAAAAGGCUACCCCGUCAAGGAAAGUCUACGCCCUUCUUCUCCAAAUAG